AUGGCAACGUUGAACGAGGCAAGAAAUUUAGCGGAAUUGAAAAAAUAUGAGGAGGCCGAACGUGCUUAUCUAGGUGUCCUCAAGGGGAGCGAGGAACAAGGCAGUAAACAGACACAACUCCAGGAAACAUGUAUCCUUGAGUUGGGUAGACUUUACACUGACUGGGGUCAACAGAAUAAAUUGGCCGAGUUCAUUCCACAAGCUCGUGGGAUUAUGAUGACCUACGCGAAAUCCAAGACCGCGAAAGUUCUAAAAGCGCUCAUCGAUCAAUUUGAACUUAUACCCAAUUCUCUCGACAAGCAAAUCGAAGUUUGCAAGGAGAGCAUUGAAUUUGCAAAGCGUGAAAAAAGAGCGUUCUUGAAACAUUCGCUUUCGAUUAGACUGGCGUUGUUGUACUACGAGAAACAACUUUACAACGACUCUUUGCAACUCAUAAACGAUUUGCUCAAGGAGUUUAGAAGACUUGACGACAAGUCGUCUUUGGUCGACGUGCAUUUGCUCGAGUCCAAGGUGUACCAUAAGCUGCGGAACUUAGCCAAGGCAAAGGCUGCUUUGACCAGCGCGAGAACUUCUGCAAACUCGAUCUAUUGCCCCACACUUACCGUGGCGGAACUCGACUUAAUGAGCGGAAUACUUCAUUGUGAGGACAAAGAUUAUAAGACUGCGUUCUCGUACUUUUACGAAGCGUUUGAGGGAUUCCACAACCAGUCAACGGGCGCACAGGACAAAGCGUGUCAAGUUCUCAAAUACAUGCUGUUGUCCAAGAUCAUGACUAAUUUGAUCGACGACGUCAAAUCUAUACUGAAUGCCAAAUACACUAAAGAGACGUACCAAUCGCGCGGUAUCGACGCGAUGAAGGCCGUUGCGGAGGCCUAUUCUCAAAGAUCGCUACUCGAAUUCAAUUCCGCACUCAAGGAUUACGAGAAGGAACUAAUGGGCGAUUCUUUGAUCAGAUCUCAUUUCAACGCGCUUUACGAUACUUUACUCGAGUCCAACUUGUGCAAAAUCAUCGAGCCCUUCGACUGCGUCGAAGUUUCCCACAUAUCGAAGAUGAUCGGGCUGGAUCUCCAGCAAGUGGAGGGCAAACUCUCUCAAAUGAUUCUCGACAAAGUCUUUUUCGGAGUGCUGGACCAGGGCAACGGUUGGCUCUACAUUUACGAAACACCGCAACAAGACGCCACGUAUGAUUCGUCUUUAGAGCUCAUUGGCCAACUCCACCGCGUCGUCGAACAGCUUUUCGAGAAAGCAGCGACUCUCAGCUGA